AAUUUUUUAAAAUCAUCUAUAAUCAAUAUGUUCUCCAAGUCUGUUCAACGUCUCUCUUCUUCCGUCCGCAUGACCAAGCGUUUCUCUUCUGGCAGUGAAGGUGCUACUGCUUCAACUGGUUCUUUCGGUCAAAAGGAAAAGGCUAUUGAAAACCAAUGGGCUCGUGCUCACGAUGCUGAAAAGCUUCAACUUCUCCGUGAUGCUAUUGGUAAGCAAGAAAAGGAUACUGCCUCUCUCAAGAAGAACCUUGCAGAAUUAGAAAAGAAGCACGCUUCUACCAAGUAAAAACCCCAAAACAACAAAUCAUAACAAGUGUACCAUCAUGAAUAGCUAAAGAUUUAUAUUUCCUCCCCCCCCCAAAAAAAAAAACUCAUUUAUAUUGUACAUACUCUUAAAAAAUCUUUCUCUUUUGUUUCCAAUAAAUAAAUAAAAAUACAUAUUAAAAAACAACAAAA